AUGGAAUGGAGGCAUGGCGAAUUCGACAAGCUUAAUGCAGAGACCGUAGAAGCAGAAGUUGAUGAAUAUUGGCGUGAAAUUUCCAGACUACAAAAGCUGUUUACUGCUCGUAUAAAAAAGCAGCGUAUGGAGCUUGAGGAAAAGCGUCGAGAAAUGAAGAAACGGAGGAAACCAGAGAUGGCCAUGGAUGAAGCUGGUGCUCUUCUGGAAGCCGGGGCUACGGAAGAAGAGGAACUUGAGGAUAUUAGACCUCCAGCUGCUCUGGAUACUAUUAGUACCGUUCAAGAGAAUAUAAGAAAGUUUAGGGUAAGCCAUAUGGAAUUUUAUCAGUACUGUGUACUUAAAAUAAAAAAUUAUCUAUUUGCUGCUAAGAAGUUGUUAGACUUUGUUUUCGCAAUUUAG